CAAGGUGCAACAGGCUUUAUCCUACUCGUUCCUUUGGUGAACCAGGUUCAUUUAAACUUGCCAAAAAGAUGACCAACCUCUUAAGAAGUGUUGUCACUGUUAUUGAUGUUUUCUACACAUACACCAAGCAAGAUGGAGAAUGUGGCACGCUGAGCAAGGAUGAACUAAAGGACCUUUUAGAGAAAGAAUUCCGUCCAAUUCUGAAGAAACCAGAUGAUCCUGACACAGUGGAUGUCAUCAUGCACAUGCUGGAUCGAGAUCACGACCGUAGACUGGACUUUACUGAGUUUCUUUUGAUGGUAUUCAAGUUAGCAAUGGCCUGCAACAAAGUUCUUGGCAAAGAAUACUGCAAAGCUUCAGGGUCAAAGAAGCACAAGCGUGGACGUCAAAUUCAAGAGCAAGAAAGUGAGACAGACGAGGAAGAGGAGACAUCAGGACCAAAAUCAGGUUACAGAUAUCCAAGUAGAAAAACAGAACAAAAAGGAGACACCAGAGAACCUAGAGCUUCCCCCAGUGCCUUAGUGCUCAGGUGGGGGAUACCAGGAAGCAGACUCUUGAUGGGGCAAAUGGAAAAACAGAGACCCUCCCAGGUGAGCUACAUUGCCAGUCACUAAAAACAAAAUCUCAUUAAAAA